AUGGAACGUAUGAGUGGUUUCCAUGGCUAUCGCAAGCAUGCAAAGUCAAGCUCUGCCUUGAACAUAGCAAUGGCCAAUGAUACCAACUCCAAUAGCAACAUCAACACAGGGGGUGGGCGGGGCGGUGGUGGUGGCGGCGGAGAGCGGCCCCAAACCCCGUGUGUGAUCCGAGAGCAAGACCAGUACAUGCCAAUAGCCAAUGUGAUACGCAUAAUGCGGCGUAUCCUUCCCUCCCAUGCAAAGAUAUCCGACGAUGCCAAGGAGACCAUCCAGGAGUGUGUGUCCGAGUACAUCAGCUUCAUCACCGGGGAGGCCAACGACCGCUGCCAGCGCGAGCAGCGCAAGACGGUCACGGCCGAGGACGUCCUGUGGGCCAUGGCCAAGCUCGGUUUCGACGACUAUGUUGAGCCCCUCACCGUCUUCCUAAACCGCUACCGUGAAUCCGAGACUGAGCGCACCAAUCCAGGCCGCCACGAGCCCUUUCUGAGGCGCGGUAGCAGCGGUAGCGGUGGAGGUGGUGGUGGUGGAGGAGGCGGUGGUGGUAGUAGUAGUAGUAUUGGCAUGAUGGAGUAUGGGGGUGGUAUUGCUAAUGCUGCUCAUCAUCUUAAUAUCGGUGGUGUUGGGCCUUAUGGGCCGGGCUUCAACUUGGGCCCUUACCCGGGCCCAGGCACACUCGACCCGACGAACGGGUAUUUUCGAGACGGGUCUGGUGGAGUUGGACUUGGAGGCGGAUCCUCUUCACAGAAUGUUUUGGGUGGUUAUGACCCUUUUGCUCAGUUUAAAUGA